AUGGCCACUACAUCAUCUCCAAAUAUGCUCACCAAGUUCGAGUCCAAAUCGUCUCGAGCAAAAGGCAUUGCUUUCCAUCCCAAAAGACCUUGGAUCUUAGUAUCUUUACAUUCUUCUACUAUUCAGUUAUGGGACUACCGAAUGGGAACAUUAAUUGACAGGUUCGAAGAACACGAUGGUCCUGUCAGGGGAAUCGACUUUCAUAAGACACAGCCUCUAUUUGUGUCUGGAGGGGAUGAUUACAAAAUAAAGGUUUGGUCAUACCAGACUCGUCGGUGCCUCUUUACCCUCAAUGGGCAUUUAGAUUAUGUUCGAACAGUUUUCUUUCACCACGAGCUACCAUGGAUCAUUUCAAGCUCGGACGACCAAACUAUCAGAAUUUGGAACUGGCAAAAUAGAUCACUCAUAUGCACCAUGACGGGACACAAUCAUUACACUAUGUGCGCCCAAUUUCACCCCAAAAAUGAUUUGGUCGUUUCAGCCUCCCUUGACCAGUCUGUACGAGUCUGGGACAUCUCAGGGCUAAGGAAAAAACAUUCUGCACCAAGCUCAAUGACAUAUGAAGACCAAAUGACGAGAAGUAAUCAAAACCAAGCUGAUAUGUUUGGUAAUACUGACGCGGUGGUAAAAUUUGUGCUUGAAGGCCAUGACAGAGGUGUAAAUUGGGUGGCUUUUCAUCCAACCCUACCCUUAAUCGUCUCUGCAGGUGACGAUCGACUCAUCAAGUUGUGGAGAAUGAGCGAAACUAAGGCAUGGGAGGUCGAUACAUGUCGCGGACAUUUUCAAAAUGCAUCUGGCUGUCUAUUUCAUCCUCAUCAGGACUUGAUUCUUUCGGUGGGCGAAGAUAAGACAAUUAGAGUUUGGGAUUUAAACAAGCGCACCUCUGUUCAAUCCUUUAAGAGAGAAAAUGAUCGAUUCUGGGUUAUAGCUGCACAUCCGGAGAUCAACCUCUUCGCCGCUGGUCAUGAUAACGGCGUGAUGGUUUUCAAGCUUGAGAGAGAGCGGCCUGCAUCAGCCUCAUACCAAAAUAAUAUAUUUUUUAUAACUAAAGACAAGCAUGUUCGGUCAUACGACUUCCAGAAAAACCUUGAAAGUCCGACGUUACUGACAUUAAAGAAACUUGGAAGUCCAUGGGUCCCUCCUAGAACCUUAUCAUAUAACCCUGCAGAGAGAGCAAUACUUAUAACAUCACCUGCUGAGCAUGGAUCCUAUGAGCUAAUUAACCUCCCAAGAGAUGGUUCGGGCUCUAUGGAUUCAACGGAAACUAAGCGUGGUCAAGGAAACUCCGCUGUCUUUGUCGCCCGCAACCGAUUUGCGGUUUUCAAUAGCACUUCUCAACAAAUUGACAUCAAAGACCUUUCUAACUCGACCACAAAGACAAUCAAGACUCCAGCAGGGACUACUGAUGUUUACUUUGGAGGGACUGGAAAUCUCCUCUUGCUUACUCCCACAACAGUCUACUUAUAUGACAUACAGCAGAAGCAGAAUAUUGCUGAACUAGCUGCUGCAGGAGUGAAGUAUGUGAUAUGGUCUAAUGAUGGGCUCUAUGCCGCACUUUUAAGUAAACACAAUGUCACAAUUGUAACCAAAGCUUUGGAGCAAAUUAGUACACUUCACGAAACUAUUCGGAUCAAAAGUGCUGUUUGGGAUGAUGCUGGUAUACUUCUUUAUUCAACCCUAAACCACAUUAAAUAUACCUUACUCAACGGUGAUAAUGGUAUUGUUCGAACUCUUGAUCAGACAGUGUAUCUAGUUCGUGUUAAGGCACGUACUGUCUACUGCCUUGACAGAAACGCGAAACCGAAGGUACUAAAUAUUGACCCUACCGAGUAUCGCUUUAAACUUGCAUUAGUAAAAAGGGAGUAUGAAGAGAUGUUGCAGAUCAUCAAAACUUCAUCUCUUGUUGGACAGAGUAUUAUCUCAUACCUUCAAAAGAAAGGCUAUCCAGAAAUAGCUCUACAAUUCGUACAAGAUCCCCAGACUCGUUUCGAACUUGCAAUCGAAUGUGGUAAUCUCGAUGUGGCUUUGGAGAUGGCCAAGCAACUAGAUCGCCCCACGUUAUGGACUAGGUUAACUUCUGAAGCUCUAACACAAGGUAACCACCAGAUCGUGGAGAUGACAUAUCAAAAGCUUAGGCAGUUUGACAAGCUUUCCUUCCUAUAUCUUGCAACUGGUGACGAAACUAAGCUCACCCGGAUGGUGAAAAUAGCCGAUCAUCGUGGCGAUUUCACUUCUCGAUUCCAGAAUUCCUUAUACCUCGGAGACAUUAGCGAUAGAAUCCAGAUGUUUAAGGAAGUUGAAUUAUAUCCCUUAGCAUACAUCACCGCGAAGUCCCAUGGCCUUCAUGAGGAAGCUGAAUCAAUACUCGAAGCUGCGGGUCUAACCGAGGAUCAGGUUAAACUCCCGCCUAUCGGAUCCCAUCAACCUAUUCCCAAGCCGAUUGUCUCCACGCAUAAGUCCAACUGGCCAACAAAAGCCACAUCGCAGUCCUUCUUCGAAAAGGCUCUGCUCGGUCAGCUGGGAGGUCUCUCAAAUGACGAAGAACAAAAUGAGAUCUGCAACAGCUACAGAGAUGAAGAUCAUGAAGAUGAUAAUAGAAUGAAACUGAAUGGUCAUGUAAUCGAUGUCGAAGAAGAUGAUGGUGCAGUUGGCUGGGACAUAGGCGAUGACAUCGUUAUGGAUUCCGAAAACGAUGUAGUUCAGAUUUCUGCGAUUGAAGGAGGCACUGGAAGUAGUGAAGCAGACUUGUGGGCUCGAAACUCGCCACUUGCUGCCGAUCACGUUGCCAGUGGAUCAUUUGAGACAGCCAUGCAACUUUUGAACCGACAACUCGGUGCUGUUCAGUUUGCGCCGCUGAAAUCACGAUUUUUAGAAAUAUAUCAAUCAACACGAACGUAUCUACCUGCUACUCCGGGACUGCCGCCCCUUGUUAAUUACGUUCGAAGAACCGUAGAAGAGACUGACUCUAAAAAUCUUCUUCCUAUUAUACCUCGAGGCAUCGAAUAUCUCGCCACAAACGAACUGCAGAGUGGUUAUACAGCAAUGCGAACAAAUAAGCUGCAGGAUGGAGCUGUAAUUUUUCAACGAAUUUUACAUGCGCUUCUUCUGAAUGUUGUAUCGAACGCAUCGGAAGUAGAAGAGGCUAAAAAACUACUAACCACAGCUAGUGAAUACAGUCUUGCCAUAAAUAUCGAGCUAUCAAGGCGCAGUCUAGGAUCCGAUGACGAUGUCUCCGACUCGCCAGAGAAGCUAAAACGAAAUCUAGAGCUCGCAGCAUACUUCACUAUUCCUAAACUGGAAGUCCCCCACCGCCAACUAGCGCUCACUAGCGCCAUGAAAAUAUCAUACACAAACAAGAAUUUUAGCUCUGCAUUAAGCUUUGCGAAUCGGAUUCUUGCUAAUGGGGGAGCAGCCAAGCUGCUUGAAAACGCACGAAAAAUUAAGGCCCAAUGUGAACGUAAUGCUAAUGAUGCACAUGAUGUCGAUUUUGAUCAGUUCGCCGAGUUUGACAUCUGUGCCGCCUCCUACACGCCCAUUUACUCUGGCUCAAUGUUUGAAGUUUGUGCUUUCGACGGGAGCAAGUACCAAUCCAAAUUUAAAGGUACUGUUUGUACAAUUUGUGGCGUUUGUGAGAUUGGAAAGAGCGGGAGUGGGCUGAAACUUUUUGCGUGA